CCCUCUGACACCUCUGACACCUCUGACACCUCCUCUGACACCUCCUCUGACACCUCCUCUGACACCUCCUCUGACACCUCUCACACUACCUCUGACACCUAUGACACCCCUCUGACACCUCCUCUGCCCUCUGACACCUCUGACACCUCUGACACCUCCUCUGACACCUCCUCUGACACCUCCUCUGACACCUCCUCUGACACCUCUCACACUACCUCUGACACCUAUGACACCCCUCUGACACCUCCUCUGACACCUCCUCUGACACCCCCUCUGACACCUCUCACACUACCUCUGACACCUAUGACACCCCUCUGA